CUCGCAUUGUUCUAAUCAGGGCAAAUUUUCCCAACCUCUGCAUUUCCCAAGACUCCACCUUUUCCAUCGUUGAGCUCCUCAAAUCCAAACCCGUAUCCUCUCUCUUUAGCUUCAGAGUUCAUAACAGUUUUCAAUCUCCACAAGACAGAAACCCAAACCCAGUGGCUCUCGAGUCUCGACUCUCAACUCUCGAGCUCUCAGUUCUCACAUGGCGUCUCUGAUAUCCAGCCUCUCCCCCACAGUUUCCCGGCUAAUAAUUCUCCGCAGGUCCAUGUUUCGAUCCUCCAUUAAACCCCGUAUAAUUUUACGACGACAUUUCAAACUGGGCAGACUUACACAACCUAUUCUCCUUGAUUUAAAUCACAAAGCCUCACUUUUCCCCGACCCAAAAGCUCAAACCGCAAGCGCGUUAGGCCAAGAUGAAGAAUUACUUAUGCUGGGAAUCGAGACUAGCUGCGACGAUACUGCUGCAGCUGUAGUUUUGGUUUAUUUGGUGAAAUGGAUGAUAAAGUCGGUUCGAAGCAAUGGUGAAAUUCUUAGCCAAGUUGUGUCUUCUCAGGCAGAACUGCUCGUCCAAUACGGAGGUGUUGCUCCUAAAAUGGCAGAAGAAGCGCACGCGCAAGUGAUUGAUCAGGUAGUGCAAGAGGCUCUUGAUAAAGCUAAUGUAACAGAGGAAGAUCUUUCUGCAGUGGCUGUUACUAUUGGUCCUGGGUUGAGCCUCUGCCUACGUGUUGGUGUGAGGAAAGCUCGGAAAAUUGCUGGUGCUUAUGCUUUACCCAUUGUUGGUGUCCAUCACAUGGAAGCCCAUGCUUUAGUAGCAAGGCAAGCCGAAAAACAGUUACAGUUCCCUUUCAUGGCCUUACUUGUUUCAGGUGGCCAUAAUCUUCUUAUUCUAGCUCGUGAUCUUGGCCACUAUAUACAACUCGGGACAACAAUAGAUGAUGCAAUUGGUGAGGCAUAUGACAAAACGGCAAAAUGGCUUGGCCUCGACAUGAGGAAGAGUGGGGGUCCUGCUGUAGAGGAGCUGGCUCGUGAGGGUCUCAAGACCCAAGUGAGGCUGGCUAUUGAAUCCAAAAACAUUGAUGCUUCAAUUCCCAUUGCCUCGGCGAAUAGUGAAGACAGAAAAGCUCGGGCUGAUAUUGCUGCCUCUUUCCAGAGAGUUGCGGUGUUGCAUCUCGAGGACAAGUGUGAACGAGCAAUUGAAUGGGCGUUGAAUAUGGAGCCUUCUAUAAAGUAUUUGGUGGUCUCUGGAGGUGUUGCCUCCAAUCAGUAUGUGAGGUCUCGACUGAAUCAGAUAGUUGAAAAGAAAGGCCUUCGACUCAUUUGUCCUCCCCCGAGCCUUUGUACUGACAAUGGUGUAAUGAUUGCUUGGACCGGAAUCGAGCAUUUUCGUAUGGGGAGAUACGAUCCACCACCACCCGCAUGCGAACCUGAUGAUGCUCAGCUUGAUCUUCGACCGAGAUGGCCAUUGGGCCAGGAGUUCGCGCAAGGAAAGAGUGAGGCCCGUUCAUUGAAGAAGGCCCGUCUUCAUCCAUCACUCACCUCUAUAAUUCAAGCGUCGGCUAAACAACAAUCGUCAUUAUAGUAUUUGUUGAAAGCUCGAUUAUGAUCUUCAGUUCAGUCUUAUGUGUAUCAUUAACAUUCAUUUAAAGAAAGGACUACUAAGUGUGAAAUGAUGAAAUUUUCAUUAGUUAGGGUCAUUUUACCUUCUUAAAUGUUUUUUUUUUCUUUUUUACUGGUAAUAUACAUGUUUUCAAGAAUUUUUUAC